AGUGCUUUGUCCACCACUGCUAAGCAAGCCAACACAUGGCUUAGGAGGAGCUCAUCAGAAUGAUGCUAUUGCCACACUUGGAGCUGCAGGAAUGGUUGAUAUAAGGAAGCUUGCAUCUUGGAUUGCUGAGGCUAAACUAGAUCCAAACGACCCUCGAAAUGCAGACUUGCUAUACUUGGUCAAGACACACGCUGGUGAUGACCCAGCUUGUCUGGCUCAGCAAGACUACUUCCGCUUGUCAGAAUUGGAGAAAGACACCUAUUUCUGUUCUGAUGAAGAUUUAGACAACAACAAACGAUUUCGUCUUAUACAGCUGAGACACGAAGGAGUGCAAGACUUCUCUGCAUACAAGAUGAUUCCUAUUAAUGAUUCUGAAGUAAAAGAGAGUGUCUUUAAGGAUAUUUCUAGAAAGUUUGAAGAUGAAGAAUUGGUGGACGAACAGAAAUCUCGAAGAAAAGCUGUAACACAGUUCUUUCGAGAUGUGCAAGAGAGAGUGAUUGAAAGAUCACGAAAGGCAUCAAGGAGGAGAGACCUAAGAGAUGUGGUGAUUGAGGAAGAAGUCCCGGACAUCAGAGUACUUGGCGAAUCGAUUGCAAAACUACUUGAACCUCGGCGUCCUCUCAAACCUGAACGGAAAGAAAGGAAAACCAUUUUUGCACAAGUUGGUGGAGUGAGCGAUAUUAAAUUGCUAGUUCGUGUUGUACGAGCAUUUAAUGUUCCUGUUCGUCAGGCUCAGUCAAGUCCAGCCUCUGGGCAACCGAUUGCGCCAUCACAGCGGCACGACGCCUCUUCAUAUCGAUCUGCAAGAACUGGGGAUGAUGGAAGUGACAUGGCUGGCAGUCGUGAUGCAAACUUGAUGCGAAUGGAAAUAGCUGAACAGGUUCAAGUUAGACCAUUUGUGGAAGUGACAUUUCAAGAGCAGAAUUGCCAGACUUCAGUUGCCGAUGGUCCUAAUCCAAGCUGGAAUGCAGAAUUGACAAUGCCAUUUGUGUCUCCAACUAAUGACUAUUCACCAACUGCUCUACAGACAGUGGCAGAGAACAUUCACUUUAACUUGUUUGAUGAGCUUCUUAUUGACAUUUUGGAAGAUGAUCGAGAACGCAUGACAUCUCGUCAUGAAAGAAUUGAAAGGCGGUGGAUUGGCUCAUUUAGUAUUCCAUUCUCUACCAUAUACAGUAAUACGAGAGUUGAUGGCACAUUUCAAUUGUCAGUACCUCCUGUUCUGCUGGGCUACACCCAAGACACAUAUUCAGUACCACGAGGCCCACGACCAAUGUUUGAUAUUGCAUUGGAUUCACACAACAGAACUUUUCUUAGUCUCUUCAUCACAAUAGAACCACCUCUUCCUCCUCUUCCACCUCUCAGAGGAGAAUUUGACAGUAAUGAAGAUCCAAAGCUAUUGAGGAAUGGCCAGCUGUGGGAGGAGUCAUUUUCGGAAACGUUCAAACGUAGGGAAAUUCAGACCACUGCUGUUGAUAUCAAUGGUAAGAGGGUGUUUAUAACACGUUAUAUCUCACCUCAGAAACCACCCGAUGAGGUACUGCUUGGUAAUGAACCUGGAUCACUGGUUGCUAUGGAGUGUGUGGCUCGCUUUGUGGCUAUGAUUCCUUCAUUGGCUGAUGCUGCAGCUUUCAUGGGGACAUGUGACAUCUGGGCUACCAGUGAUCAAUUUCUACAGAUGCAAGCAGGCGAUGAAGAGGAGCAUGCUAUUUUGCUGUGCAAUUACUUCUUGCAUAUGGGCAGGAAGGCAUGGGUUGUUUUGGGCUCUGGUAUUCCUGAAGGUUCAACAGCAUAUGUACUUACUGAGCAGCCGGAGGGUGGUUUACGUGGUGACUACUGGCUAUGGAAUGCUUCAACAGGUGAGCAUUUCCAGGCACAUGGCUCUAACUGUCCUCUACAGAGUGUUGGCUCAGCUUUUAAUGCCGACAAUAUUUGGGCCAAUAUUCAGAAACAGGAUGAGCCUGCUCUAGUCACUUUUAAUCUUGUUGCAACAAGCUGUUGGAAGCCUUUCUUUACAAAAAAGUACCCAAAUCCAGGGCUAGGCACAGUGCAGAAAGAAACAAUACAAUACAAAUCUCCUGAUGCUCAAUUUGCUGUGACACUGCAAGACAAGCAAGGUUGAGAUGCUGGUGAUGAAGAAAAUUGAACAGAGUCGACGUUUUGUGACUAGAUGGAACAGGCACUGUUCAAAUGAACUAAAAAAGAUAUUACCAAAACUAGAGAAGAAACCACAUAGUUACCCCACAGAAGAACACAACAGAU